CGGCCAUGGCGGCCAGCGCCAAGCGGAAGCAGGAGGAGAAGCACCUGAAGAUGCUGCGGGACAUGACCGGCCUCCCGCACAACCGAAAGUGCUUUGACUGCGACCAGCGCGGCCCCACCUACGUGAACAUGACGGUCGGCUCCUUCGUCUGCACCUCCUGCUCCGGCUGCCUGCGAGGGUUAAAUCCACCACACAGGGUGAAAUCCAUCUCCAUGACAACAUUCACACAACAGGAAAUUGAAUUCCUGCAAAAACAUGGGAAUGAAGUCUGUAAACAGAUUUGGCUAGGAUUAUUUGAUGAUAGAUCUUCAGCAAUUCCAGACUUCAGGGAUCCACAAAAAGUGAAAGAGUUUCUGCAAGAAAAAUAUGAAAAGAAAAGAUGGUAUGUCCCACCGGAGCAAGCCAAAGUGGUGGCAUCAGUUCACGCAUCUAUUUCAGGGUCCUCUGCCAGUAGCACGAGCAGCACACCUGAGGUCAAGCCACUGAAAUCUUUGCUUGGAGAUUCUGCACCAGCUCUGCACUUAAAUAAGGGCACGCCUAGCCAGUCCCCUGUUGUAGGGCGCUCCCACGGCCAGCAACAGGAAAAGAAGCAGUUUGACCUUUUGAGUGAUCUUGGCUCAGACAUCUUUGCUGCCCCAGCUCCUCAGUCAACUGCAACAGCCAAUUUUGCUAACUUUGCACAUUUCAACAGUCAUGUAGCUCAGAAUUCUGCACAUGCAGAGUUUGCAAACUUUGAUGCAUUUGGACAGUCUAGUGGUUCGAGUAAUUUUGGAGGUUUCCCCACAGCAAGUCACUCUCCUUUUCAACCCCAAACUACAGGUGGAAGUGCUGGAUCAGUAAAUGCUAAUUUUGCUCAUUUUGAUAACUUCCCCAAAUCCUCCAGUGCUGAUUUUGGAACCUUCAAUACUUCCCAGAGUCAUCAAACAGCACCAGCUGUUAGUAAAGUGUCAACGAAUAAAAGUGGCCUCCAGACAGCGGACAGAUAUGCAGCCCUUGCUAAUUUAGACAAUAUCUUCAGUGCUGGGCAAGGUGGUGACCAGGGGAGUGGCUUUGGGGCCCCCGGUAAAGCUCCUGCUGCCUCUGUGGUUUCGGUUCCCAGUCAGCCAAGUGCAUCUUCAGACAAGUACGCAGCACUGGCGGAACUCGACAGCGUGUUCAGUUCGUCAGCCACCUCUAGUAAUGCAUACACGUCCACAAGUAACGCUAGCAGCAAUGUUUUUGGAACAGUACCGGUGGGCGCUUCGGCAUCCACACAGCCUGCUUCUUCGAGUGUGCCUGCUCCAUUUGGAGCUCCACCUUCCACAAAUCCAUUUGUUGCUGCUGCUGGUCCUUCUGUGGCAUCUUCUACAAAUCCAUUUCAGACCAGUGCCAGAGGAGCCACAGCGGCUACCUUCGGCACUGCAUCCAUGAGCAUGCCUGCGGGGUUUGGAACUCCUGCUCCCUACAGCCUUCCUACCAGCUUUAGUGGCAGCUUCCAACAGCCUGCCUUUCCCGCCCAAGCAGCUUUCCCACAGCAGACGGCGUUUUCUCAACAGCCUAAUGGUGCAGGCUUUGCAGCAUUUGGACAAACAAAGCCAAUGGUAACUCCUUUUGGUCAAGUUGCAGCUGCUGGAGUAUCUAGUAAUCCUUUUAUGACUGGUGCUCCAACGGGACAAUUUCCUGCGGGAAGUUCAUCAACCAACCCUUUCUUAUAGCCUUAUAUAGACACUUGACUGGAACGAACUUAUGUGGUCACAUGACAUCUCUCCGCCUCUUGCACUGUUGUCUUGUUUCACUGAUCUUAGCUUUAAACACAAAAGAAGUUUUUUAAAAAGCCUGCAAUUGUUUAUUAAACACCAGGUCGUCAUAUGUGCAAAACAGAGGGCUCCAGUAACAACUUUUAACCUGUGAAUUGGCAGACAAAGGUAGCGGUAUCAUGUAUAUUCAAAAUUGGCUAAUAGGAGGUUAUUGCAGAUACCACAUUCAUUAUGCUGCAGUAUGUACAUAGUUUUCUUAGAAAUUAGCUGUCUGUGCAUACCAGUAUUUGUAACUUUAACACAGUGUUAUGCGGGAAAUGUUACUGGAGAAGUAGAUCAGCCACUUUCAAGGGGCUGCUGCCAUCUACCCUGGAAUGAAUGACCGAAAGCCCUUUAACCAUUGGCUACUGCAGAGUGACAGAGUCAGAAUUGGAGUUUUCCUUUCUAAAGAGCUCUUCUAUUUAUCCACGCCCGAAUCCUUUUAACAGUGUACCGGUGCCAGUCUGCAUAUAAUAACGCUGAUCAUGUUUUGCUACAGUUUGCAGGUGAAAAAAAAUAAAUAUUAGAAAAUAUGCUAUUGGUUUCUGUGUUUUUGCUGCAAUGCCUUUACCAAAGUGGCCUUAAAUAAGAGCAGUGAAUUGGGAACAUCUUGAAUUCUUGGAUCAGAAGACGUCCUAGGGCCUCCUGUUUAUGUCUGAAAGAGAAGAUUUUUUUAAAAGGCCAUGUAGAAAAUUUAUUCAAACUACCAUGACUGCAAUUUUCAGGAAUAUGUCAGUGGUAAAGCAUUUCAAUGUAGCUUGUCAAAUCCACUAUAAACUCUUCUAAUUUCUUGGCAACUUAUUAAUUUUGUGAAAAUUUGUAUAUAUGAACAAUUUGCAUGUAUGUGUAUUUACAUUUUUUUAAGUAACUUGAAUUCUCAGAUUAAAAAUGCAAAAGGCUAUUUUAACUUGAUUUUAUUAAACGUAUAUUGUUUUGAAUGUAUUGGUAGCAGACAUGGCAUUUACCGUGACAUGAUUGCACCUCAAUUUUUUGGGGGUCACCCCCCUGUUUUUGACAAACCUAAUAGGACAUUUGUUUAUCUUCAGUUUUGCUUAGGGGACAAGGGGUGUUUGAAAAGCUGGAAUGUUAACCAGAAUGCCCAUUGUUACCUUUAAAUUAUAGAAUACUUUGUUUAAAAAGGUAAUGACACUAAUGUUUAGUUCUAUCUUCUUGUUAAUAUUCAAAUGAACUUGUUUAAAUAUUUAUGUAUAGUGAUGUCUCAUUCAUCCAGCGAGAACCUGGCAAUCUUAUCAAAACAGAACACAACUGACAAACU